GGAUAAACUGAAAUAAAUGGAGCAGUGAAGGACUUAACUCUGUGUCUCCUCUGAGAGCAGCAGUAUUGGCCUGUUGCUGCUGGAAGCCUCGGAGCGAUCGGUGAUCUGGUUCAUGACUACACAAAUUAAUUUCUGUGAGGAGGAAGCAGCACUGAAAUUUUCUGGGGCUUGGAGUUGAUUGAGAAGCGGGGCACUGAGGUGGGGCCUGUCUGUUGUGUCCAGAAUGAGCUGGGCUGGAAAUUUAACUUGGUGGAUGCAUGUGCUGUGGAGAGAUGGGGGCUCGUAGAGAAGCAGUGGCAGGCAGAGGAGGUGCUGGACUGCAGGGGAGCCGCAGGGGAAGCCGCGACACUGGGCUGAGUUUGGCUGCCUGUUCGUGAUGAGCUCCUCAGUCCUGUUUCACAUCAGAUCAUGACUCGAGCAGGAGUAACAGCACUUUUCCAACUGUAAUGUUUAGUGGAGCUGUGGGAAGGAAGGAGUUCUGUCAUCUCAGUUUGAAUUUAAUGUGCGACGACCCCAGGGUUCCUGUGUAGCUGCUGCCUGCAUGGAGUUCUGUGCGUGAAUUGCUCCAUAAGCCGCCACCAAGGACAUCUACCCCAAACCUGGAUCUGUGUCAGAAGCUCCGUGAUGCUGACUACAGACAAACAUAUUUCGGAAAACUGCCUCACAGUUCCGCUUUUCCAUGCUGCUGAACAUGUAUUGAUACCGAUAGGCCUCGGCGUGUGAGCCUGGUGCUAUGCGAUGCUCCCUGAAGCGCUCCCUCACCGCUGCGCUCGUGGCUGCCUCCGUCCUCUUCCUCCUCUUCUUCCUCCAUGGGGGCAGCCAGCAGGAACAGGAACUCCCAGAGGUGGAUCUCGGGGGCUUGGCCCCAGAGAUGGUCCUGCAGGUGCUGCAGCCGGAAGGAGCCCUGCGCAUCCUCAGGGACACAGAUGAUCUCUCUGCACUCCACAAUGUCUCCUACCGCCUCCUCGCUGGCUCCCUCUCAUCCCAGAAAAAAUUCUUGGCGGUGGGAUUGGCGUCGGUGCGGCGGCCGCGUGGCUACUACCUCCCUGCCACACUCCAGUCCCUCUUCACGCAGUCGACAGAGGAGGAGCUGCGGGAGAUGGUGGUGGUGGUGCACCUGGCUGACAAGGACCCCACCUGGAAUGUGCGCGUGGCUGUUGAUCUCACCCGCAAGUUCGCUCAGCACAUCCACCUGGGCCGUCUCCUGCUUAUCCAUGUGCCCCAAGAGUUUUACCCCACCCUCGAGGGCCUCAAGAGAAACUACAACGAUCCAGAGGAGCGAGUGAGGUUCCGAUCUAAGCAGAAUGUGGAUUACGCCUUCCUCCUCGCCUUUGCUGCCAACCUCUCCUCCUACUACUUGAUGAUCGAGGAUGACGUGUGGUCUGCCAAGUCCUUCUUGACGGCCAUCCGCAAGGCACUGGCUUCCCGGGAAGGCUCCAGCUGGGCCACCCUUGAGUUCUCCAAGCUGGGCUACAUUGGAAAGCUCUACCGCUCCAGCGACCUUCCACGCCUGGCUCGUUUCCUCCUCCUAUUCUACCAGGAGAUGCCGUGCGACUGGCUGCUGGUCCACUUCCGCCUCCUGCUCACCCAAAAGGACGUCAUCCGCUUCAAGCCCUCCCUCUUCCAGCACAUGGGUCUCUACUCCUCCUUCCAGGGCACCAUCAACCGGCUGGAGGACGACGAGUUCCAGGCUGAUGCUUUGGACCUUCCAGACAACCCACCAGCGGCCUUGUUCACCAGCAUGUCCAUCUUUGAGAACUACGAGCCCCUCAAGGCUUACAGCACAGCUGAAGGAUAUUUCUGGGGGAAAGACCCAGCAGCCGGCAGCACCUUCUCCAUCGUCUUCCAGCAGCCGUCUCGUGUCACCCGUGUGCGGGUGCGCACAGGCUCCAAGGAGCGCCAGAGGGAUUUCCUGCAUUCAGGAGUGCUGGAGCUGGGCUGGCGUCGUCGGGCUGAUGGCCGUGACUGCGCUACCUACACCAUGGUGGGCACCUUUGAGAAGGGGACGUUGGAGCGCCGGGGGCUGGAGAGGGGUGUGCCCAGCCCCGUGGAGUGCAUGAGGAUCCGGGUGACCCGGGACCAGAGUGAGUGGCUCAUCAUCCAGAGCAUUGACAUCUGGACCACAGACACCUGAGCGGGAACGAGGUGUCUGGAUUUGAUACUGAGAAGUCUUUUAUUUUUCUCACUCCCUGUUUUGAUAAAGAAUUAAAUUAUUGCCUCUUGCUGGCGCUGCCUUCUGGCUCCAGAGGGGUGGCAGGAGCUGCUGAGGGGCGGGAGCAGGGCCCACCAGGGAGGAGCAGAGGCUGCACAGCGGCAAACAUUUUCUCCUUGGGUGGAUGGUGCACAGAACAGAGCCAAUCAGCUAACGAACAAAUCAAAUUAUCUGAACUUGAUGAUCUUUAAGGUUCCUUCCAACCCAAACCAUUCUAUGAAAACAUUAUCGAGGCAGUGGCAUUUCUGCAGCCUCUCCACACCACCCUCUCCCCAUCUCAGUUUUUGAACCCACCAAUUCUUCGUUUAACCUGUGUUUUUUCCUCUCUCCAAUCCUAUUUUCAAGCUGUUCCUGGAAGGGGCUAGGGGAAGACCUGGGGCUGCUGCUCUCCAAGGCCGUCUCAGGGAUGCAGGGACGUGGUGGCUGGGAGCAGGACUCCCACCGCUGGUUCCUCGGUGCCGAUUUGAGGGACACGGCCACCAGAUGGACCCAUCGCACUGGCUCUGUCUUGUCCAGCUGCUCUCAUCCAGCCGCUGCCUGUCCAGAUCCUUCAAAUGGAUCCUCCCCCUCUUGGGAGGCUGCAGUUCCCAAGGACCCACACCCUGUGUCCAUGAGGGGUUCACCCGAGAGGGAAGGACAGGGAGGAUGAGGUCCAAUGAUUGAGGACUACGGACAAGAAUGGGUAAUGGGAAAUGUGGCCUCGGUUAACACGGAGCUCUGGGUGCUUUUUAGCCUAGCGCGGUGCUGGAGGUGCCCGGGGUACGGGCAGGCUGCGGGCAUGAAGCUCCAAAGAGCUGUGGUUUGGAUUUGUCUGGCAGGAUCAGCUUGGAGAGCUGGAUCCCGCUGGGCAGCUCUAUCGGAAGCUGCUGGCACUGGCACGCAAGGGAGUGACCAGCACCUCUCACAGUUUGGCUUUUAGCAAGAAUUGCCUGGCUCUCACCAAUGAAGGAGGAAUUCUGAUCUGCAGGCUCUUCCCACCAGGCAGCUCAGAGCAGUUUGUCACUGCCUUGUGCCAAGCAGUACUGCCCUGCCUUGCUCGUGCUUGAGGCCUGGCUCUCCUGGAGCAAGACAGUUACUCUCCGAGCACAGACGCGCCCGCACCAGGCUGGGACCCACCUGCAGUGCUGAAACUCCCCAGCGCCCUAAACCACAGCUCAGGGGUGAAGUCAAGCACCAGCUGCCUGCUGGGCACUGGAACGCAGCCUGGGGAGCAGCUGCUCAGUGCCGGGAACCCCAGGCUUUCUGUGGGGCCUUCUCCCUGAACCAAAGCCAGCCGCGUAGCUGAUCUUAGUCUGUGUUUAAUACAAAGAUGCUACUUGGUUAACUCCAGCACCUUCCUGAUGUUCUCAGUGGGAUUGAUACACACAAUGCAGAAUAGCUUCAGUUUCCUCCCCCACAGCCCAAGGCUGAGCUCUCAGAGGGUUCAGAGUAGCACAAGUGUCCCCUCUCCAAGGCUCCAAGAUCCAGACAAGUAGUUCCAGUGCUCCAGGAGAGCCUUAUCCCCAGCUGCCUUGGACACAAAUGCUCCUGACCA